GUGCCGGGUUUUCCGUAAUUUGAACGCGAAGUUUUUGUUUAUUUUUAUUCCAUUUCGGAUUUGUUACGCGCCAUCAACCACUAGCCGCUCGCUGCACCACCUAGUGUUCGAUCCGCGAAGCAUCAUGAGUUCCAACGCUGUCUGUCACUCUUGCGCAAACGAAGUUGACGAUCAAAACAUUGCUUGCCAGGGGUUCUGCAGUGCAAUCUUUCACCCCCAAUGUACCAAUCUCCCAGCCGCUUUACUCGCUGAAGCUGUGAAAAACAAACAGCUGUUUUGGCUGUGCAAGUCUUGCAGCGGUUUGAUGAGCGAUAUGCGGAUGCGUCGGAGUGUCCAAACUGCUUACGCUGCUGGGCAAAACCAAGCCUCUGGCUCGCAAAGUCACCUGUUUGAGCAGCUGAAGUCGGACGUUUUAACGGAGAUGAAAAAGGAGUUGAAACAAAGCUUUGCUGCACUGGUCAACUCAAACUCACUUACACCUAUGUCAGGCCAACGUAAUAAUGGUGCUGGAGGUAAACCGUGGAAUGGUCGGCAACUAUUCAAAAACCAGCAAAGUCGUCAGAAUCCACCAGAUCCCUCAACAGUUGCUACUGGGAUCGCUGCUUCUCCUUCGCUUGGAUCAAUCGUUGCCAAUGACUCAUCGACAAUGUUUCAACUCUACCUCUCGAGGAUCUCCCGUAACGUUACGGUCGAACAAGUUUCCAAGCUCGCCACUGACCGCUUGGGAUGUUCCGACCUCGAGGUCACGAGACUGGUGGGGAAAGGAAAGGAUGUUUCUCGGAUGUCAUUCAUCUCCUUCAAAAUCGGAAUGAAAAAGGAACUCAAAACCAAGGCUCUUGCGAGGGCCACCUGGCCGGCCGGCCUUAUCGUUCGGGAAUUCGAGGACCGUACGGCCGGAAAAUUUUGGGAUCCUUCUACCGAUACGCCGACAACCUCUGCCGACCUGCUGAACUCCGUGACUACAACGCCGUUGCGUCCACAGACUUCACCGGCCGGAACGGAUGCUAUGUCGGAAUAGGAUGCAUGAUCAAGCACACUAAGGAAAUCCCCUCUCUCUCCGCUGCGGCUUCAAAUCGCUCCGCACCUGUUGUUAGUCAUCCUUACCCGGCGCACGGAGAUCGAGUUGGGGGUUUCCGACCUGGCUUCUCAGGCAAGUAUUCAUGUUGUCCCAGUAAUUCCCCACUUGAUAAAAGUUUGGUUUCCAGCGAAUCAUCCUCACGCCAGCCACUGCAGAACUCAAUCCUAGGGAUUCCAUCAGCCCGGUCGAAGUCUGUACGCAACUUUUCGGAUUACGGGGGAGCCCUUGCCCCCCCUACCACACUCCAGCUAUCUGGCCCGGCUAUUGUCAGCAACCUUAUCGUCAGCGCGGAAGUCUCCAGACGCAUCUCUGUUGCACCGAAUUCCAUCGACGAGACUGCUUCUCCAGGACGCUUCUUGCUAAGUACCGUGGGAGCCCUCAACUCUCCCGCCGCAGCCGAUACCAUCGCAGAGCCAGCCAUAUCGAAGACCCAACUUGCUGGCCAUUUAAGUCGUCCUGGUGAUGUGUGCGGGUACGGGGCGAGGGUCUCCCAAAUCGUCAGCACGGGCAACUCCGACCGAAGACAUUCACCCGCUCGCGCUGCUGCGCUACUUCACUCGGGACGCCUGAUACAAAGUCCUGUGGAAGCCCCCGAACGACCCGUCGCAGUCCUGCCGCAUGUCAACGCUCAGCAAAGCCGUCCCGAACCUGCGUACGGCCAUCGUGAGGGGGUCUUCCAACGGCAACUCUCAGGCGAGUACCCCGUUCUUGAACAUAUGUCCCGCGCUGAUGAUCUGUUGGUUUCCAGUACCUCCCUGAGGACUACAUCAGCGGCUGAAGCUCCUAAUCGGUUGGACACGCAGCGCGCCCUGAGCUUUUACUAUCAAAACGUAAGGGGACUUCGUACAAAAAUCGACGAUCUAUUCCUGGCUGUGAUCGAUUGCGAUUAUGAUGUCAUCGUUCUUACGGAGACCUGGUUAGACGAUGAAAUCUUCUCGCCCCAGUUGUUCGGGACUGGCUAUGUAGUCUACCGCAACGAUCGAGACACUGUUCGUACUGGAAAGAAAACUGGCGGUGGAAUCUGCAUCGCUGUCUCGAAAAAGUUUGAUUCAACCGAAUUUCCGGUUCCGACGGAUGCCAGCAGCAUCGAACAGCUCUGGGUUGUCAUCAACGGCGUCGCAGAUCAGAAGCUGUACGUCGGCUCCGUCUACAUCAGCCCGGAUCUUGCCAGAAAUUCAGCAGUUAUUGAGUCGCACUUUAACUCGGCCUCCGCUGUAGCCGAAGUGAUGCGUCCGAACGAUUUGCACCUGCUUCUCGGCGAUUACAACCAACCUAAAAUAACUUGGGCAAAAUUCAACUCGAAACACGCGCACCCCAGUUCUUCGUCGGCAUCUUAUCCGCUUUCCAGUUCUACACUACUCGACGGCAUGGCACUGCUUGGAAUGAAACAGUUGAAUGAUGUUAGCAACAACUUAAAUCGCACACUUGAUUUGGUGCUCAUAGAUGACGAUUCUGUAAACUACUGCUCUGUCACUGAGGCCCCGGAAGCGCUGCUUAGAAUCGACCCGCCACAUCCCCCACUGGAGGUAACUGUUUCGCUGAGGGUGCCAGUGCCGUUCAUCGACGAACCUGAUACCCGAUCUUACAACUUCUAUAAGGCGGAUUUUCCCGCCCUCAAUCGCGCACUUCUCGGAGUAAACUGGAAUGCCCUCAAUGAAACGCAGAAUGUGGAUGAAGCUGUGGCAUUCUUCAACUCUACACUGAAAACCUUCUUCAGAGAUCACGUUCCAACUCGUGCACCCCUCGGAAACCUCCCUGGUCCAAUGAUCGCAUGA